UAGGGCUGGGUGGUCGGUAACGGGAGUGUGGUGUAUGUGCGCGCGAGCGAUAGACGCAAGUAGUCAACGUGCGGAAGGAGCGUGCGUGCCACGAGAGAAGCGUGGCCGUUGUCAUGACAUUCGCGUGAGUCGCGGCCAGCGAGCGCGCGUCCAAGCAGCAGCCCGAGCCGUGCGCGAAUUUAGGGAACAUGGCGCGCGGCGAUUCUCGGCGCGCGGAUCCGCGACGCCUCGUCGCCGUCGCCCGCGGUGCGACGAUGCGGUGCAGACUGGUGUUGGUUGCCCUUUCGGUGCUGCUGCUGGCGAUCGUCGUCCCCGCCGCACACGCCGAGAGUCAAGGACCGUCGCCAGAGUUUAGCAGACACACUUUAGUGAAACCGCGAGUAUAUCACGGCAGGACGAAGAGGCAGAUUUCAUCGACCAAAGAGAACGACAUCGAGCAUGCGGACGUGCUGCAAGUGGGUUUCAAUGUGGAUGGCGUCGAACGCGUUCUCGACCUUCGACUGAACACCGAUCUGAUUCCAAUCGGCUACCAGCAACGUUACCAGGAACGCGGCACGUACAAAGUGCACACCCCGUCGAAAGUUGAACUCUGUCAUUACCAAGGUAGCGUACGAGAUGUUCCCGGUUCGUGGGUGGCAUUAUCCACUUGCAGAGGAUUACGCGGUGUCAUCUUCGAUGGCGAGAAUCUUCAUCAUAUUCAUCCGGAAGACGCAAGCUUGGAUUCCGCGCAUUACCUCUACAAACAAAGCGAUCUCAUCGCGGACAACAAGACUUGUGGUUACGAAGGCAUACCGCCUCACCACGUCCUCCCUCAUGAUCAUCGGCAGAUUAAAAGGCUCUCCAGGCACAAAAGAGCGUCUGAAACUAUUCGUGGGCCGUACAACGCAAACAGACAAUCGCGUUACGUCGAGCUGGUACUUGUGAUCGAUAAAAAGGAAUUUAUUUCGCUCGACGAGGAUCUGGAGACGGUGUUUCAUCAUUGUAAGGACAUCGCAAACAUUAUCAACGCUCUGUAUAUGCCGUUGAACAUAUUCAUCGCGCUGGUCGGCGUGCAGGUAUGGACCGAGGUGGAUGAGAUAACACUGUCGUCAAACGGCGACACCACUCUGUCCAAUUUUCUGCGCUACCGUAGAGAGAAACUGGUGCAGGACAUGCCGAAUGAUAAUGCCCAGCUGCUAACCCGAAUCACUUUCGAUGGCGGAGUAGUUGGCAAGGCUCUCAAGGGACCGAUAUGCACUUACGAGUUCUCCGGCGGCGUCUCGAUGGAUCACUCAAACAUCGUCAGUUUGGUCGCGGCCACCGUCGCGCACGAGAUGGGCCACAAUUUUGGUAUGGAGCACGACGGACCAGACUGCGAGUGUCCCGAAGAGAAAUGCAUAAUGGCAUCGUCCAGCGGACCCUCCGGGCCAACGCACUGGUCUACGUGCUCCUUAGAGCACUUGGCUCUGGCCUUUGAGCACGGUAUGGACUAUUGCCUGAGAAACAAGCCGGAUAGGCUCUUCGACAGUCCAGUAUGUGGCAACGGGUUCGUCGAACCGGGCGAGCAGUGCGACUGUGGUCUGCGGGAUAAUUGCGACAAUCCGUGUUGCGACGCAAUCACCUGUAUGCUGCACAGCAACGCGAGCUGCGCCACCGGCGAGUGCUGCGACCUGAAGACCUGUCGACCAAAGAACGCCGGCACGGAGUGCAGGAGCGCCGAGCACGAGUGCGAUCUUCCAGAAUACUGCACCGGCCAGAGCGAGUACUGUCCGCAGGAUGUCUUCAAGAUAGACGGCGAGAGUUGCAACGUGGGCAAAGCCUUUUGCUAUAAGGGCUCGUGCAGGACUCAUGACGAUCAGUGCAAGUUACUGUGGGGCCCUACGGGCUCGUCCUCCGACGCACAGUGUUACGAAAUGAAUAACAGAGGCACGAAAAACGGUAACUGCGGUUACAAUCGCGUCGAGUCGAGCUUCAUCAAGUGUAACGAUCAAAAUGUUCUCUGCGGCAUGCUCCAUUGCAAACAUCUGAACGAACGAUUGGAAUUCGGCAUGGAAUCCGUCGCGACUCUCAGUCACUCCUUCAUCAAUAACGGCGGGAAAAUAAUACCGUGCCGUUCGGCCAUAGUCGAUCUCGGACUGAGCCAAGCCGAUCCCGGACUUGCACCGGACGGCGCCAAGUGCGCACCUGGGAAGAUGUGUGUGAAACAGAAGUGCACUUCAGUGGCUGACUUGAGAGCAUCCAUGUAUGGUAAUAAGGCUUGCCCGAAUGAUUGCAAUGGUAAUGGAGUGUGCAACAGUCUUGGUCACUGCCAUUGUAACCCCGGCUUCCGUCCACCAGACUGCAUUCAGCCUGGAAUGGGAGGUUCCAAUGACAGUGGCCCAGCUGAAGAUCCAAACGCGAGGAACGAUUUUAUAACCGCGCUGUACGUCAUCUUCUUGGGAGUGGUACCCGCGAUAGCUCUGUUACUAUUCGGAAUUUGGUACAUCAGGAAUUCCGGACAGCAUUGGAAGAAGGAUGUGAUGUCUACGACCGAUCGUGGCCACAAUGGAUUGUUAAUCAAAACGAUCGAUCGUUCCAGUCCCAUGUCUCGUAACAUUGAAACGAUCGAUUCUAGCCUGAGUCAGGAUCCAGCGUGUGCAAGUCUGCUGCCUAAAGCAGAAUCCGAUGAGCGUUACAACAACAACAUGUUCGGCCAGUUCAAAGGCUUCACGAUCACACCGCUCUCGUCGACUCAGUCCAAACUAGCCGAACCAACGAAGCCGGCCCCACCGCCGCCAGGUUGGAUGCCCACAGUAGCAAUAAAGACAAACGUGGCGAAGCCCGUGCAAAAGUGCAAUUUGCCGCAAAGAAGCGGUCUGCUGAAUUCUAGCAUCAACGACACGAACUCUGCCGCGCCGAUGUUGCCACCGCUGAAUCCCGGAUCUACGGCGCGACCAUUGAUCAGCAGUCCCGUGCUAGCAGCUACUACCUGUACAUCCGUCGAACUGGUAGCCAAAGUACCCACUAGACCCGCUCCAGACGUACCCACGCGUCCAGCUCCGGCACCGCCAAUCCUGUCUGCGCCGGUAAGACCACAGAGACCCAACAGUACACCCCUGACAAACGUGAUCCUGCCAGAGCCCGAGAAGAAGGUAGAGAAAGGUAGCAGCACGCUCAACCGCAUCGCGUCGAUGUUGCGCCCUGGUUCCGGCAUCAUGAGAAGUAAUUCCCAGAGUUCGCAUGACAAAAAUACGAAUUCAUUACCAAGAAGCCAACAUCACAAAGCCAACAAAGUUAUCGACAAGGAGAUCCUGAGGAACCUGGAGAUUUCCAAUCCGAUACCGCAGACACAGAUCGAAAUCGCGACCCCAGUGAUUCCCGUGAUAUCCGCCGCCGAGAUCGAUAAAAAGAAUGUGGUCUUGCGUGCUCAGUCGAUGAGAGACAGCAAGAUCACGCCGAGACCCGUCAUCAACACAUUUGGCUCGAUGCGUCAGACGACAACACCCGUCAAGAGACCCACCAGUAUUCCCGCUAGCACGAGACCCACGUCGCCGCCCCCGGGCCCACCGAAUACCGCACAGACAGAGAAGGCAACCGAUAGUGCAAUAAAGAUCCCAGGAUUACCGGGUUACCAGAAUCCGCCGGUGAAAACCGCCCAGAAGUUGAUAGAAAAUACCUACGACGAUUGCAUGAACCUGAUCACGGAAUCAUCCUUGACAAAAAUUACGGAAGAGUCACCCACGAAUGACAAUAUCUACGCGGUGAUAGAAGAACCUGUGCCAGAAAAAAACAGAAAGAAUAUGAACGAGAUGGAAGUAACGCUGGCCGAUAACGGGUACAAACAGCCGAAACGUGUCGAUGCGACGGCCACUGGUACUACGAACGGUCUGGAAUCGAUGGGUUUGUUAUCGGAGAUCGUAUCGGAGAUAUCAAAUCGUAAUUUCGACUCGAUAUACUCCACUUCGACGUUAUCGCGAAAGAAGAAGAAAGAGAACGAGGAAAAGGUAUCAAAAAUUUCCGAAAAUAUGGGCUCCAAUGGUUCCUUCGGUGGUUACAUGAACUCGAGUCACUAUAAAACACCUGGCAGUGUUUACUCAAAUUCGAUUUCCGGUAAAUUCAACUCUUCCAGCUCUACUACUAGCUCCGGUUACCUUCAUCCAUCCGCGAUAAAUAUUCCACAAGUGCAAAGAAAGGAGCCGGACAAAGAUAUCGAUAAUUCGAACGAACUCCUCGACAAAGGCAAGCUGAAUACACUUAAGUCUAAUAAUCCUAACAUAAAUGACGAACUGUCCAAGGAACUCGGCAUGAAGCCGGCCGAGAGCCCUGUAGGAUACAAACCGUUCGCUCUAACGAAGACUACUCGACCGUCUCAUUUGAUACAUAUCAAGAAGGACGACCAAAUUGAUAAUAAAGCUUCGGUGAAACCGCCGUUAAAUAGGACUAAGACACCGCCGAGCAUCUCGAAAAGUCCGGUUCCUAAAGAAGAAGGAAGCGUAAAAUUUACGAGGCAAAGUUCAGAUAAUACAUUGAAAUCCUCGAAGAUAGCCGACGCGAAUCCGACAACGGUGAAACAAAGCUCGGACACGAGGCAAACGCAAUUGAGCGCGAGCAGAUCGAAUAGCGACUUAGAUAAAGAAGAAACGCGUACAACCGGGUCUGUCAAAAAUGUGCCUUCUAGCCCUAAGAAUAAUCCGGGGAAGUUCAAUAGUCCGGACCUGGUCUCGAGCUGCUCGAACUCUAAUCAGGCCGGCACGAAAUCGCCGGAUGUUGUGGGCAGCAACCCUAAAUUCAGUCUGCCACUGAAGACCGUUCAGAAGACACCCACGUUGCCGAAAAGCGGACAGAAGACGCCAACAACGCCGUUGAAACCUUCAAAUACUCCUCUAAAUAUCACGUCUAAAGCAGCUAGUCUCUCAGAAAGGAAGAAAUCACCGACAGGCAAUACGAGCGCAGCCAAAUCAUUAUCACCGUUGGCCAAGGACCCAACUGGCGGCUCUAAGACGUCGCAUUUGACGUCGAAGGUUUCCGCCAAAACGGAUAUCAAGAAUGGAGCGGACGCGGGUGGAGGAACGAAAACGAGUCCACUGCACAGGGCGGCAAGCGGCAAAUCCAAUGUAGCGUCGCUGCAGCAGAAGUUCGAGGCCAACAAGAAUAAUUCUAGUGUCGCGAGGACUAUAUCGAACGUGAAUAAGAAACCGGUAGCACGAACGGAAGUGAGUGGUGGCGGCGGCGGCGGCGUGAGGAAGUGAGUCAUCCAGAAAGUAGAAACGGAAGAAAACUGCACUUGACACAUUCUAGUCCGUCAUUGAUUCAUCCACGAUGGAAAAUACGAGAUGUAUAGAACGAGUUGGUGUAAAAGUGUACGAGUGUAAAUGUAGAUACAUGUACACACUCACAAAGGCAAAGGCGAGUUACAUCUCUAUGUAACCUGAUUUUUAAGAAUCUUUAACUGGAAAUUUAAGAAAAUAGUACAAGGAUUGAAUCUUUCCCUCUGAGACCCGUGAAUUCUACGAACGAAUGUUAUAUUUCUUGUCAGAAUGUUAAGGUAAAUUGUACGCGGCCAUUACGUAAGACAUGAUAUCCAAGAUUGUAAAUAGUGUCCACUUAAAAAUUGUCAUAUUUUUUCUAGUAGAAAGAUUAUUCACACGCAUUAUCAAAGUUCAGGCGUACGUAUGUAAGCCAAUAAUUACUGUAAUAUUUAUCGUAAGCGUUUUAUAUAAGCGAUAUUAUGAGGUAAGUGACAUUGUUUCCGGAAUGUUCGCUUGAAAUCGAAAGGGCGUGUACGAAAUUAAUUGACCUCUGUGAUAUGUAUACAUGUGUAAAGAAAUAUUGCACAUUACAGGAACAUUAUAUGCGCCACAUUGUUACGACUAGCGAGACUAUAGAUAUGCGAAAUUAUUUUUAUCAAAUUAUUUUAUACUGCAUUACGGAUAAAAACGAAUUGUAUCGAAAACCGCGUUAAGUUAAAAAGCCGUCAGACGAGCCCUGAAUCGAGAAUCGUCGAUCUAAUUUGUCCUAAAAUCGCAGAAUUAUAUAUCCGACGAACGACUUUACUUCGUGAAGGGAAGAUCUCUUUCCAAAGAUUAAUAUUAUAAAAUCCAAGACGUGAGAUCGUACCUUUGAGAUUCCGCGGGAAUCAAAAUUGAAAAUGCCACUAGUUAGGAAGGUCUAGGUGUUAGCACUUGCUAGUUAACAUAACACUGCGAAUCGAGUGAUAAGUGAUUUUUUCGGCAGCAAAUAGGGUGGAAACGCUGAUAUAUUUCGCCUCAAUCGCGCAGCCAUCAUGCCUUUAUUUUCCCAUAUUGUAUUACACAUUGUUAAUUAAUAACGAAGACUUGCUUCGUUUAAGGCCAUUCUAGAUGCAAAGACUAAAAACUAUUUAUUUGACUGAUCCGUGUAAAUAUGUUUAUAAGACUAGGCGCAUAGAGCUCGAGGUAAAGUUUUUUAUGAUGUAAACGUCGCGUUGAAGUAAGUUAAGUUGUAAGUUAAGUUACCCUCAACAUAUUAUAUAUACACGAUUAUUAUGCAAUUGCGAUUAUUGCGAGAAGCAGCUUCAAUUUCUUGAGUGUCCGGAUCCGUUAUUAGAGGUUUUAUUGAACUCUCGCGGAGUCGGCUAUGUGUUCGUGCAUUUAUCACUCAUCGUUGUUUUCGCGCAGCGGAUUCGUUAUCGUUCGAAUCCAACGAAUACAUUUAUUCGUGGCAUUUAGUUCCGAAAUAGUUCCUACGUGUAUAAGCGUCCAGGUCGUCCUCCUACAGAAUUUCGCCGAGGUUCAAUAAAGCCCUUUGGCCAUUUCAUUCGCGUGCCGUGUAUUGCUUCUCCUGCUUUCUCUUUAUUUAUACGUAACGUCGUACGUAUUGCUUCGUUACGAGGACAAUCAGACAUUCGUUCUAGCGUUACACGUUUGAAACAAGAGGCUUGCUUGUGCAACGCCUGUCCUGAUUAUUGUAAAUGAUACUAUUAAUGAAUAAGUACUAUUCGUGAGAGUACAACUCUUGGGGGAAAAAAAAGGACAAAAAAAAUGUAAAUGAGUGCAACGAAGAGGGAGUUGUAAUAAUUGUGACCAUGCAUGCGCACUCGACGAAUUGGCUUGAAUACAACGAUCAUUAUCACGCACACGCAGUACAAUCUGCGAUGUGUUAUGCUGUGAAUGAGUCACAAUGCUUCAUCUUCAGUCUAGCAAAUAAUAACAAGCAUCAUUGCAAUACAUAUUGUACAUUCAGUACCAAAGAUAAGUAGCAUCCUACCUACGACACUGCUGAAAUAAAUAAAUGAAAUACUACAAUAAUUAAUUACUUAGCCGUCGAUUUAUGAUAACGUGUACAUUAAAUAUAUAUAUCAUAAUGAGAUGUUACAAUAAAGUCUUUAUUCCAAUUAAA